UGGCGAACUUCGUUGUCUUUUCCAGCGCGCAUCUCUCCUCUUCCAAGCCCAGGGCUUGUCUCCCUUCCCAAACCCUCUUUCCCUCCAAUUUUAACUUCCGAUUUUGCUCUCACCUACCCUGAAGGAGAUGACCUCCACUACCGCCCAAGUCCACAUCCUCGCCGCGCCUGGGUUAUCUUCUCCGUCCUCUACAAAACCCACCAAUCUCUCUCCAAGAACAGUCUUCCUUGGCCAGAGAUUCAUCAGAACGAACCCGCUCAACCUCACAAUUUCAGCUUCAAGAGUAGAUGUUUCGACCCAAGCAAAAGCCAAUCCAAGUGGGGAGCAGAAAUGGACCCAUGAAGGCUACGUGACUGAAUCGCUGCCCAACGGUAUGUUUCGGGUGCGCUUAGACAAUGAAGAUGGGAUCAUAGGGUAUAUUUCGGGCAAGAUAAGAAAGAAUUUUGUACGGAUACUUCCAGGAGAUAGAGUCAAGGUUGAGAUUGAAAAGCCAUGGAUGCAAUAACAGUAGCCACUAUCAUCAAGUUGCCUCGAGUCCUUUCCAACCAAUAGCCCUGGUAAUCUAAGUACUUGUCCAACACGGUGGGCUUUGGUGGUGGUUGUGGUGGAUCUCUUUUUUCUCUUGUGGGUGCAGUUUCUGCUGCUUCAUCUUGAAUUGGCAUGGUUCUGAGUUCUGAUGGAUGGUCUAUCUCCAUGAUUGGUCUCUCUCAGAACUUGUUUAGAGAGAUUUUCUUCUGUGUUGGUGGAUGGCUUCCACAAAACUGAGUAAACCAAAGGGCAUGUAUGUCUCAUAUGUCUAUUCCAGAUUGUGUUUAAAUUUCUCAGCUUAGCAUUGACCUUGCUUAUAUUAAAAUUCCAAUGGCUUCGUAGCAAAAUCGCUCGAUGGUGACUGACAAGGAUUUGUACAAUUUUAAAGCAAUACCUCCUCCUAUGCUUAUAGAGAUCUUGACAGAGUCGCAAACCAACUGUACCUUAUAGCAAUUUAUCAUGUUAGAAAACAAUUGAAUAAAUAAUUUGACCAGACCAGUGCAUAUUUCUAGAGGCAAUACACUGACUGUUAACAAAGAUAUACAAGAGGUAUGUAUGUGGCUUUCUGCCGCUGAAUGCCAUACUUUCAUUUCAUUGUAUCUCUCAACUUAAAUAGAUAUUUUAUUUUUAUUUGGAAAUCACCAUUUUACCAUUCCUUCA